AUGGGGCCAAAAGCCAGAGUAUGUGACGGGAGAGGGGCGUUGCGAGCUGGGAGCUGGGUGCGCACAGCGAGCGCCCGGAAAGACAGCGGGACCUCGCGGUUUUGGAGAACGUCGGCGCUUUUCGGCCUCCUGCCUGCCGGCAGCACCCAAAGCUCGCGGGCCUGCCGGACGCUUCAAUCACAGACGGGCCGAGCCGAGCCGACCGUCCACGCGGCCGAGCCGUUCGCGCGACUCUAG